AAAACAGUUAAACCUAAAAAAUGGAUUUCAAUCGAAGCUUCACAUCGAACCUCGGGAGCGCUGGAAGUGCUAAAUCACAACAGAGUAUGUUCAAAGCACUCCGCCGGCUUCAUGGACAGAACUUGGAGAGCCGAGGGCUUCAUGAUAUGACUGAAGCAUUUCAGUCAUUUGUCACAAGGGCACGGUUUUUCAGUAUUGGAAAAUUGAGGCGAACUUGGUCCCACUCUGCCGCAGAGUUUAUGAAAUAUCGACGACUUUUACCAAUGUUACUCGCCGAUGGAGAUGCAUUUGAUGGAGGAGAAACAGACGAUUUCGAUGCAUCUAUCGCUUUCCAACAUACUUCUCGUGAUGAUCGAAAAAUCGUGGUUUCGAAUAUUUCUGCUAAAGUCACCCAAUCACAGCUUCAAUCCUUCUUUUCUCAAUAUGGAAAAAUAACCAGCUGCAUUCUGCCUCGCGAAGAGAAAAAGACAUCAGUGUUCGGAACACUUCCAAAGCAUUCCAGAAAUUGUGGAACUGCUACUAUUACUUUUAAAAAGUCUGAGCAUGCUGAUCGCGCGAAAAAUGCGAAUCCUGAAGAGUUGAAGUUUUAUGAUCAAGUUAUGGUUGUCUCAGCUUAUGUAUCGAAAAAACGUGGAGGUAAAGGUCUCGUGCUCAGUGAUGAUGUUGGAAGUCGUGAAGAUACUCCAUUGUCCCGUGCUUCAUCUACACAGUCGUUAGCUUCAGGAUCCGAGCAAUCAUUCAAUUUGGGAAACGUCCCGGAUAAAAUUCUUAGAAGGGUCAUCUCAUUUUUACCAAUUCACGAAACAAUUCGAUUGGAACGAGUUAAUAAAAAGUUCAUGGAAGAAUCAAUUAAAUCCUGGGAACUUGUCAAUAAAAUUGCAUUGGCAAGAGAAACUGUAUUCAACAAGCAACGACCAAUGAGAACAAGUCAUCUUAAAGCGAUUCUUACUCGUGCUGGUGCACACUUGAGGUCACUUGAUGUUUCUGGAAUUGUGCAUCUUCUUGAUGAUCGCCGAGCACUUAAAGUCAUCGCAACAUGCUGUCCGAAUUUAGUUGAUCUUGAUAUUAGUGGAACUCAUGCUCAGGCUGAAGCUCUCGAAGAACUUGGAGAAUCACUUUCACAUUUAGAACAGCUAUCUUAUAGAGGAAUGGAAACAACUGGAGACAAGGCAUUCUACUUUUUACUUAAAAACUGUGGUCAUUCACUUAAAUUUGUGGAUUUACGAAAUUCAAAACGGCUCCACGGACGAUCAUUCAAAUUAUUCGGGUCACAACUGGAAAGUUUAUAUUUGGAUGGAUCAUCAAAAGUAGAUGAGAUGGCUUUUGAAGAUUUAUGCACCAGUUGUGGAGGUCUCAAAGAAUUACGGAUCAAUGAAUGCUAUAAAAUCACAGAUGAGAAUCUGAGUAUGAUCGCUAGAAGAAUGGAAGAUCUUUCAAUCUUAACAUUAUGUGGGGAUGGAUUCAAAAGUUUAACGUCAGCCGGAUUGAUUCAUAUUAGUCACAUGAGAAAUAUUACAGAAUUGGCCCUUGACUACAACGCUCUUGUUAAUGAUGAGCUUCUUAUCUCAAUAUCAGCUGGUCUACCGCUUCUUUCAUCACUCAGUCUUGCUAACGCUGGAAACGAUUCGUCGAUCACUGCAGAAGGAGUUUCAGCGAUUAAAAAUCUAAAAGAACUGACUCAGCUUGAUGCAUCGUCGCUGGCAGCUGUCAAUUCAAAAGUUUUAGAGCAACUGGGCUCACUGAAAAAGUUGGAAAUUAUUCAACUGAGAAAUUGCACAUAUCUUGGUGAUGAUGGUGUGCGUGCGAAGCUUAGAAUGCCAAAUAUCCGCCACGUGGAUCUAAGUGGUUCAAUUUUAGUAUCAAAUGACUCGAUUCAACAGUUUAUCAAAGCAUUCCCAUCAGGACCAAAGCUUCCACCAAUCACCCUCGUUGUCGGUGGAACUGCCGCUGAUGCUUCAAAGUUGUCAGUUCGAGGAUCAAGAGUAGUCGUCGACUUUUCCGAUUAUUCCACGAUUGUCACGAUGCAGACAAGCCAAUGUUCGUCAUCCAAGUUUGCCAUUGGAGGAUCAGCGUCAGACGCUGAAGGCUCGGAUGAUGAAUUUGAAGCAUUGACCGCACAAAGAAGUUUCUACAUUGAUGCUGUCUGUGGAGAAGAAGAAUCACCAAUUACAGACGAUGGAAAAUUGGCGGAAUGGGCUGAAAAAGAAGCAAGAAGCCUCGGGCUUAUUAAGGAUUAAAGCUUCAGAAUUUUAUCGAACGAAGGAAACAAUUUCAUCCGUUUUAUUGCAAUUAUAGGUUCUUAUUUAUUGAUAAUAACAUUUUUUGUCAUUUUCAGCAUUUUUCUUGUCAUUUUUUUUGUAACUAGUCUAAUGAAAUUUUCGAUUUC